AUGAAAGAAACUCACAAGAACGAAGCAAGUUUGAACACGCGAAUGUAUGCCACUCUAUUGCUGCUACCAUUGACGAAUGACCAAAACAAAAUUGCACAGGCCAACUUUAAUGGUGCUUGUAGUUACGCUUGGAAAGCAGCCUCGGUGUACGCGCAAUCGAUGACAUCUGCCACUUUCCCUGUUGAACCCAGGUCUCCAUUGAGUGCCUACCACGAGCAAAUUGGGAAGGUGCUAGACUGUACCGUUCUCAAAGUACCAAACACACGUAUCCCGCUGAACUAUGUUGAGUAUUCGGCAUAUAGGAUCCUUCAUACCUGCAUACUACCUCCGACUGAGCUUCUUAAUCAAGGCAGAAACAAAGGGUCAUUCUUUCAUUGUUUCUUGAAUGUGAUUGUACUCGCAGUUAUGGUUCGCAAUCGUCUUGAAGGAAUAGGUGAGCGUGUUGAGAAUGAAGACCUUCUCACCUUCUGCGAAGACACGAUACGGGAUUUUGAAAUGACUUUUGUCGGGGAAGUGAACAAUCUAAAUCCAGAAGAGUUUUCAAGGAGCGCAAAGCUUCUGACCAUGGUCUCGUUGCACCGCUCCAUAUUCAUUGCCACGAGGAGAGAGAAUGGCGCCGGUGACGAAAAGAGUCUUCACUUGGCUGGAAUUAUUUUGACAAAGUGCAUCGCUCCGUAUUUAUCGCUGCUUAUGAAUGUAGUACCUGAAAGCUCCAGUUCUCAGCAACUUUUCGAAACAAUCAUUGAGUGCUAUAUUCGGCCACUUUCCGCUUUUGAGAAACUCAGCAAUCAUUAUAUCCAUGAAGAAGAUUACGAAUCAGGGACUUAUUUUGCCAAUUUGUGUGAUGAGGCGAUCGAAGAACUGCAUAGGUUUGUCAGCAAGGCACAAAGUAAACGAUCGGCAGUACUCGCAAAGUGCGCGAAGUCUAUUUCAAUCAUCGGGAGGCAGCGAGUUGAGAAUAGCAGCAACGGUUCGUCGAUCAUACCUUUUCUCCGUUCCAUCGCUCUGUAUAAUGAUACCAUAGCAGCAGAAAAAUCUGAAGGCUGCGGUGAUAACUGCCAUCAUCUUUCAACCAGACUGACCCAGCUGGCAAACGUGUACCAUGAUAUGGGUAGACUAGAGGAAUGUUGCCUCGUCUUAGCAGCCGUUCUUCGAGUAGAAGUAGCAAUGAACCAGCACACGACAAAAGGAAAGGUACCAGAACAGGAUUUUGCCGAUCUCCUGGCCUCAAAAAGCAAGUCGGUGGUGUCCCCACUACAGGUUCAUUGCGAAAUGAAUCCACUUCUCACGUUGACAAUUAAACGGCUUAUUUCGAUCUUCCCAGUGUCACUCGGAGAAUCCGCACUGGAAUCGCAGAGUGCUCGAUCGUGUCUUGAUCUACGCGGUAUACUGGACAUACUUCUCGAUACAGAGAGAACUGGAAAUCCUGCAUUUCAAUCAGUCGCUGGAUGCCUCGGGAGUCAAGUCAAUCUAAGCAGUCUUCUUUGCGCUGUCUUUCAACCUGUCACGAUGGCGGCCAAUAAUGAAAUGACUUCUGGUCACCUCACAAUGCUCCUCGAGUCUAUUCUGCAACUUGGAGCGCGGAUAUCUCGCGUGACAGAUGAAGACUGCACAGAUGAUGUUAUUGGCCUCCUAUCAAACCAUGAUGACUUAGUGGAGCUUGCAGUAGUCUCAAUUGCUCAUCGAUUUGAGCCUUUGGUCACAUCGGCACUCACGUCACUGUUGUAUUUGGUAUCUUCAACAUCGUUGCUACCGGUGCGGACCUUUUUUGAAGACACCACCCAUGGAACCAACAUAAGGGUGACGAAUGAUGUUGUCAUGAAACGUACCCUCCGUCUGGCAAGUCAAAGUAUGCUUGGUAUUCGAGCAGUCAAUUCAUCAGAAAUGAAAGACGAAUGGGACGGAAUCAGCGCAGCAAUCAGAUUGUCGGUAACGCAGUACUACAUCUUUCUCGAAUUGGUUGAGUCACCCAAAGUGUAUCCAACACAAGGUAUGAUAGAGUUUUUGUCUCUGUGUGACAAUACGACAAAAAUUGUACUUUGCAACGAUUGGACACGACGAGAAACAAAGCAAUGGAUGAUGUGGAACCUGAUGAACACGAAAUCAAGAUUGGAUUUCGAAGGGGACCAUACAAGAGCCGCGAGACUAGCCUUUCUCGUACUUACUCUCGCAGACAAGAGUGAAGCUGCCGAGAUGGAGUGGCUGUCUUCCGUAUUCAUUGAAUCGUACCAGAGAAUUCCUCGUCUGCAACGUCGUUUCGACCUUUCAGUUAAUAACGAAAUCUUCGAAAGCGCGAAUAGCACUGACCACAAGUCUUUGGAUUGGUUAGUUUCACAAGGACUUCGCUUGUCACUGUCGAUGCUCAAUGGGCGGAAUGAUGAAUACAUCGACAAUGAUCGACUGACCGAAAUUGCUAAGUGUGAAAAUCAGCGCGAGAACUCCCUUCUUUCCAUGUGGUUACUCUCAUCGCUGGCGAUUGCUCAGACUCAACUUGCACACCAGUCAGGCAACGUGGUGGUAGCAUUGAAACAAAUACAGCUAUGCACAAUGCAUUGCCAGCGGAUAUUGGCUGAAACAAGAUACUCCUCCUCCAAAAAGAUUAAGUUUCCAUUCUGGCUGCAAGUUGCUAGAAUGACCUUGUUUAUCCAAGCGAGCCAUCGCUACGCAGAAUGUCUCAUAAUGAAAUCACAAACAUUCAUACAACUUGGGGAUCAUCGAAAGGCAUGGUCUUGUAUCUUGACAAUUCCACGCGUUUUGGGUGUUGACGCCAAUUUACCGAAAAUCACCGAUCGCACCCUCAUGCUUCAGCAUACGAUCUCCUCUUUGAUGUCAUCGAAACCUUUGAUACUUCGACGUUUCAAUCGAUUACGAGUGACUAUCAAUUGCCUAUUUUCACCCUCAGACCUUGUUGCGCAGCAAUUCAGAUAUAUUACACCGGAUAAGUUAGUCUCCGGUCAGAAUGAAGGACUAAUGGACGAAACAAUACAAGAUCUCGUAUCAGCUGGAGAUAUCUUGUAUGGCAGCGCAAUGACGUCUCGCCAACACUCCGAUUUCAAGUCCUAUUAUGCAUGUCUACCUCAAUUUCAGCUUUCGUCGCUUUCAGCGAUACCAUCGACUUUGGAGCUACCGAUAAAUAUGACCAUCACAACAUCAGGUACAUAUUCAUCAAAGCUUAGUCUUUUGAAAGCGAGAUGUCUUCUUCACGAUUCAACAGAUUCGGACGAAGUGUCAUAUAAUAGAAUUGGUGAUCUUUGCCACGAUGUAAUCAACGAUCACACAUCUUCUUCAAUUGACAAGGCAUGGGCGCACUACUAUAUCGGAACCAUGGCUUUGGAUGCUACACGAAAUAAUGGUGAUCUGACACGAUUAUGGCAGGGUCAAGGAGCGAUCACCUCUAAAUCACUUGCCGUCGCAAAGAAAAGUUUUUCAAAUGCAAUCUCAGAAAUUGAAAACUAUGACAACAAUGUUUUCUACCGGACUCUUAUUCGAAGUCUCGCACUUGUUUCUGGUCCAGAAAGUGGACAACUUUCUGGCUCUGUUUCUGGCAUGCUUGUUCUUACGUCAAUUGGCCACGUUGGAAGGAGGCAGAUGUCGAAAUCUCUUGAUGGCAAACAGGGUGCUGAGGACCUUGUGAGUGCCUUUUCAUGUUUUGAUAGAAGCUUGGAAGAUGACUCUGGACGAAACCGUGCAAUCCUUCAUUUCCUUGAUGCACUUGCGGCUGUCACGCCAAAGGUCUGGCACUUUGUUGCAGCAGCAAUAUGUCCCACAGGAGAGCUACUCCUUACAUCACUGGGCAAAGGAGAAAGUAGCGGGAACUCCUUUUGCAUUGAAACAAAAUGUGUCUUUCCGAAGGAGGAAAGAUACUGUGCUUACGACGAAAUCCUUCGUCCGCUUGACAAGAUUAUUCACAAGAGUCAACAACAUCUGCAAGGAAUGGACCCAGAUCAAGUUUCAGCGAACUACACCAAAGAAUCCGCAAAACGAGAUUGGUGGAGCGUUCGAAACCAGAUUGAUGAAACUCUGUGUUACCAUAUCCUCGAAGUGGAAGAGAAUUUCUUUUCUACGAUCCAUCUUCGAAUCAAUUCCAAGGAUUCGAUAUUCGAAGAGAAUGAGUCUUCUGACCUUCCUUGCGGAAAUCUUGCAUCACGAUUUGAAGCAGCAUGCAAUCCAAGUACACCCGUAGUAGAUGACGAGAUGGGCGAGAAGUCGUUAUGGAAUCUGACAGUUCCAAAGUUGAAGAACAUCUUGCGACGGCACAACUUCUCUGAUUCACAGAUGAGAAAAAUGCGAAAGCAUGAAAUCAUCGAAACGAUUUUGGAAGUGCAAGAAAAGAAGAAACAAAAGGAACUCGAGAUCUCCACAGAUGGUGGCAACCGAAGCUGCUUGUUUCUUCUACUUGAUGAAAAUCUACAGCGCUUCCCAUUUGAAGGCAUGGAAUCCCUUGAAGGCAAACCUGUGUUUCGAGUACCAUCGCUUCCUUUUGUUUAUGCUACACUAAGAGAGCGAAUGAAGUCGAAUAGAAAAGGGAUAAGCCUCGAUCCAUACAACGCCACAUACGUCCUAGAUCCAGAAAGUAACCUGGAAUCAACACAGAAGCGUCUUCUUCCUGUCCUUGAAGGACUUUCUUCUUCGCACAGCUGGGACUGGGAUGGAGUAGUUGGUAGACCCCCUACUCCGUCUUUCUUUGAAAACGCUCUGAUGAAGAAGCAUGGCUUAGUCAUAUUCAUAGGGCAUGGUGGAGCACAAACAUGCUACUCUCGUCGAAAUGUUGAGCAGAUGAUAAGCGGAGAAAGUGGUAGGACCUUCAGGACGUGCAACGCUAGUCUCAUACUCAUGGGAUGCAGCAGCGGAAGACUUCUUUCUGUAAAUCAGAAAGAUUCAAAGUCAUUGGAACAACUACCCUUACAUUUCGACCCUGAGGGUAUUGCGUUGUCGUAUCUCUGUGCCGGAGCACCUUGCGUGGUGGGAAAUCUGUGGGACGUCACAGACCAUGAUAUCGACCGAUUCUCAAUAUCUCUUUUCGAGAAGUUCUUUGGAGAAAGUGGCAAUCACAGUUUUGAAAGUCUUGGUUAUUGUGUCGCGAACUCUCGAUCUUCAUGUAAACUGAGGUACAUUGUAGGCUGUGCUCCUGUAUGCUAUGGUGUUCCGGUCUUUUGCAGCUAG